UAGGGGGGGGUGUGCACAUGAUGGCCUGCUUCAGGGAGUUUCCCGGGCCCCGCUUUCGGAGCCCCCUUCGCUCCCUUCCACUUGCGAUAUCAUGGAUCUGAAUUCUUUGUAUAAGUACAGCAGGGCUGGGUGAUUGUGAAAUAGCGUUGCGACUUCGUUUGUUUCCCACUCUUGGAGCACUGGAAUCACGUCGUGUAUCUGAGACCGAGAUUGGCAGAGGCGAUCGCCAGACGUUUGUCAAUCUCGACUGCUCUCUCUGCUCGUGGUUUCAGUUCGCGAGGUGACAUCGUAGAGCAAAUUGUGCGGUCUCGGAGCAGAUUGUUUGCAAUGUCUCAAGAGGCGGCGGCUUCGAAGAGGGCGCUCAUCACUGGUAUCACCGGCCAAGAUGGCUCGUACUUGACCGAAUUCUUGUUGAAGAAGGGUUAUGAAGUGCAUGGGAUCAUCAGAAGAUCCUCGAACUUCAACACUCAGCGUUUGGAGCACAUCUACAUCGAUCCGCACCAGUCCAGCGCUCGCAUGAAACUGCACUACGGAGAUCUGUCAGACGCGUCGUCAUUGCGGAAAUGGGUUGACUCGAUCCGCCCGGAUGAGGUUUACAAUCUGGGGGCGCAGUCUCAUGUGGGAGUGUCGUUUGAGAAUCCGGAUUAUACCGCCGAUGUGGUAGGCACCGGAACGCUAAGGCUGUUGGAAGCUAUUCGAAUUCACAUCCAAGCCACCGGAAGGCUGGUGAAGUACUACCAAGCUGGAUCUUCUGAGAUGUACGGUGCCACUCCUCCGCCUCAAGACGAGACCACCGUGUUCCAUCCUCGCAGCCCUUACGCCGUCGCCAAGGUGGCAGGGCAUUUCUACACCGUGAACUACCGAGAGGCAUACGGGAUGUUUGCAUGCAACGGCAUCCUGUUCAACCACGAGUCUCCCCGCCGAGGAGAGAACUUCGUGACGAGGAAGAUCACUAGAGCCAUUGGUCGCAUCAAGGUGGGCCUGCAGAAGAAGCUGUAUCUAGGUAACUUGAAGGCGUCUCGUGAUUGGGGAUUUGCCGGAGACUACGUGGAGGGAAUGUGGAUGAUGUUACAGCAGGAGAAGCCCGACGACUACGUGCUCGCGACGGAGGAUUCCCACACUGUGGAGGAGUUUCUGGAAGAGGCAUUCAGCUAUGUUGGUCUGAACUGGAAGGACCAUGUCGAGAUUGAUCCCAGAUAUUUCCGUCCUUCGGAGGUGGACAAUCUGCGAGGCAGUGCGCAGAAAGCGAAGGAGGUGCUGGGAUGGCAGCCUAAGGUGCAGUUCAAGCAGCUGGUGGCGAUGAUGGUGGAUGGUGAUUUGGAGAAGGCGAAGCGAGAGAAGGUGCUUGUGGAUGCUGGCUUCAUUGACUCGCACCAGCAGCCCUGAAUUUUGGGCACCGAAUGAAUAGUGUUAAUAAUUAUAUGAAACGAAUGGAUAUAAUAUGACAGGCCUUGCAAUAUAUGGUUAAUAUAUUGAUACAUAGUGAUAUGUCAACCCGAGAGUACUUCUUCAAUUAGGUUAUAGCCUUAGCUUUGCCAUGUAAGGCUUACAAUAUAUUCUUCGCUGCCGCAGUGCUUAGCACACACCAAGUACUAGUUCCGAGCAAUUUUAGUGGGUUGUUUAUUCAGCAGAAUGCACUGACACCACUCAUCUAGAAUAUAAGCCCGCAUUCGGGUGCAAAUCAAUGCUAUUCUCUGAUGAGGACGAUUUUGCCAACCUGUGCACCCUCCUUCGAAAUGAAUAUUCAAUUCUUAACAUGUUGAUGGAA